UUUACCUAAAAUGUUUUAUUUUUAUAUCAAAAGCGAAACUAUUAAUCUUAAAACUAGUUAAUUUAAACAAAGUUUUGUUCAGUUUCUUUUCUUGUAGUCUUCCAAAUAUUCCAAUAUUAAAAUGAUAUCGCGGUCUAAACACCGCUCAACAGUUGAAGUUUGUUCGGACUGCGGGGCAUCAGAUCCUACGUGGGCAUCGAUCAACCGUGGGUUGUUACUUUGCGCCGAGUGCUGUAGUGUACAUCGCAGUAUGGGGAGACAUAUUUCUCACGUUAAAUCGCUACGACAAGGUUCCUGGCCACCCUCCUUACUAGCGAUGGUGCAGUCACUAACAGCGCAAAAUGUGAAUAGUAUAUGGGAACAUUCGUUAUUGGACACUUCAGCACCAAAACAUUUGCGUAAAAAACCUCAACCUAAAGAUCCACUUCACCCCAUAAAAUCAGAAUUUAUUCUUGCAAAGCAUUUACGGUUGGCAUAUGUUCUGAGAGCGCGUAGAGAUGAGCCGCCCAGUGAGUUGGGCCGGCAGCUCCACAGUGCAGUCAGGAGCUCCUCCCUCGACACUGCUAUGAGGUUACUUGCACAAGGUGCUGAUCCCAAUUAUUAUAAUCAGGAGAAGGGAAGUGCAUGUCUUCAUGUAGCAUGUCGAGCGGGUCAACCGGCACAAGCAGAGCUCCUUGUAGCAUGGGGAGCGGAUCCCAAUACAAGAGACAGCUCCGGAAAUACUCCGGCUGACUGUGCGAGACAAGGUGGCCACCCCGAGGUGGCGGAUCGUGUGACGGAGCUGGUGUACGAGGCGACGGACCGCAUGAUAGUGUUCCUGACGGGGGAGCGGCCCGCGCACGCCGCCGGCCGCCACUACCUGGUGCCGCGCGCGCACGACACGCACGAGAUGACGGACGUCGCUAAAGCGGCGCGCGGCAAGCUGCAGCUCUUACCAAAUCAUCUAUUUGAGGAAUUGGUGAUGGACAUUUAUGAUGAAAUUGAUAGGAGAGAGACUGAAGCGAUCUGGCAGAGCGAGGCGUGCGGUCUGGAGCGCUGCGGCGUGGCCUUCCUGCCGGUCAACCCCGCGCUGUCGGCGCCGCGCAACCAGGGUCGGCAGAAGCUGGCCCGACUCUCAGCGCCCGAGCUGGCCGCGCUGCUCCGAGAUGUGCUGCUUGAUGCUACCAGAAGACAACGACUGGCAACACUUACGCCUAGAGCACCGGGUGGUCACCUGAACCCGCUGCUGUCCGCGAGCCACAUGAAGCACAUGUCUCAGAUGUCGGACGACGAGCCGCUCUACGACUCUGUGGCUUCCGAUGACGACUACGCGGCGCUCACACCUAUAGACCUUGAUUUACAGAUGACGAAUGUUCUACCAAGAACAGCGGAAGCGGUAUCAUCAACUUAUAACCCAUCGUUACCCAACGAUACAGACUCGAAGCGAACACAAUCACCGAUCACGAAUAAUCCACCGGAACACGAAAUCGAAACACUAAAAAAAGAACUCGAUAACAGAGAUUCUACAAUCACGGAAUUAAAAAAUCAAUUAAAAAACCUACAAACGAUAGUUGAACAGUUAACUAAAGAGAAUAGUGUGUUGAAAACGAACAGUAUAGAUGACGACCAGAGUAUGACGUCACAGACUUCAAUCAGUGAAAGCGGUGAGAAGUUUCCAGAAAGGGGGCGGAGCUUAGAGACGGACCAAUUGACGUUGAGCGAGGAGGUGGAGGUGCGACAGAGCGCGAAGAUGCGACCGGUCAGUAUGUAUGAGGCUAGGGAGGGCCCAAAGAAUAACUGGCAGGUUACUAAACAUCAGCUGACUAGUCUACCUGGUCUGGAGCGGUCGCUGACUCAGAGUGCGCUGGACGGCGAGGAGGGCGUGGCGGGCGUGGUAGGGGGUGUGUCGGGGGGCGUGUCCGAGGGCGGUGUAGGGGGCGAGGAGGCGGUGCAGCGGCGCGCGGAGGCGGUGACGCGCGCGAUACAGGAGCUGUGGGCCGCCGCGCGCCUGCAGCAGCCACACCUCGCGGACCGCGCACAACAUAUACGACGUGCUGUGCGCGCGCUACUAGCGCUAUUCCCACAGAACUGCUCGGACCCCACGCUGCAGGAAGUGGUGUACAGCCUGCGCGUGGCGAGCGAGGAGGUGCAGGCGGCGUGCGCGGCGCCCGCCUCGCUGGACCGCGUGCGCGCCGCCGCCUACGAGCUGGCGCGCGCCACCAAGCUGCUCGUCACGCGCGCGCACCCCUCCUAGCGCACGACCCCCGCGCGCUCGCACCACACCAUGUAGUGCGCAUGUGCACCACCCCGCCCCCGCCACCCCGCACAGUGUUACCUCACAGUGAACAGUGUUACAAGUGUUAGUGACCAUUUCCACCAGACACCAUCAGUUUAACAUAAGAGUUGUGACUGCAAGAAAUGAAAACUUCAGAAAAGGAAUUUGCACCAUUUAAAGAUAUUUGUGAAGUCAAGCAAUCUGGAUUACAAAGUAAGUGUUAGAUUUAUUUGAAAGUAUUUUGCAAUAAGUUCUAAUAAUAGUUCAGAUUAUAUCUUGAAAGAUGGUCAAAACAGUGAGGUAACGAAAGGGGAAAAAGUAAAAUGGACUAUAGUUAUUUGUUAGGACAAUUUAUGAUAUGCAUGUGUUCAAAAAGUGCUGUUCAAUGUUAUUCGCUGAUAUCAUGUUAAAAUAUAUAUUAUGAUGUUAAGUAUUAAUUAAAUGUCACUUAUAUGUGGCACUUAGUUUAGAAUUUAGAUUGUAACUCAUGCCAGUGGUCGGAUUUCUUACUAAUGUUUGUCCAACAUUUGAUCAAAUGUUUUACGAACUUUGACAAAUAGCAAAUGUGGUUGCAUUUAGUGUCUUCUAUGGAAUUGUAUGAAAUAGCUAAUUUUUAUUUGACAAGAUAAUUGUAUGAGCUUGUAAAUGUUACAAUUAGAUGAUAUGAGGCUUAGCCUAACCCUGAACUAUCCAGAUAAUAUCACAAUGUAUGGACAUUGCUUAUGUAUUCAAUGCUCAAUAACCUAUUUGACUUCUUUCAUUUUGUAAUAAGGAAACGAUGGAAAGGGAAAAUAUAUUUGGUGGGGGAGUUAUGAAAGGGAAAAGUCUCUUUUCUGUACAUCUGAUUGCUGAUGUAUUCGGCGUGGUUGUUACGCUGUUCUGGCGACAUCAGUAAGGCUCCUGAUACCACCAUAUAAUAUAAAAUAUUUAACACAGUACAAAGUUGUAUACUGGUUGUAACAAUAUAGCAUUUUUUGACCUAAUCUAGGAUUUAAAAUGUCUCAGUUAUAUUUAUGUUUUUUUAUACAAAUGUUUCAGGCGUAAAAACUUCUACUGAAACAUUUAUAUACAAACUACUGUAUUUUGUAAUAUGUUACUUCCUCUGUUCUUCCAUAAGAUUAACAUAACAUGCAAUAAUCAUAUUUUAAAACAACCUAUAAGGAUAUUUGUAAAUUGAAUAGGUUUUUAUUCCAUCAAAUCUCUGUUGCAAAUUUUUUUUUUCGUAUAAAUUUGUCUUUAUUGUUGUUAAAAUUUGAUAUUAAAACUAUGUUAUAUUAAAGAUUUUUAUAACAAUUUGAACUGUAGAUUGAUUACCCAAGACCAAAGUUUCGAUACACUUUUACAGGAAUUGUACACUUAUAGAACAAGAUAUUUGAAGGAAAUGUACACUAUGCAUAAAAAAUAGGUAUUCUGAUAAUUAUUUUAUUGCAGUAUUAUUUUGUUAUGGAUGUUUUUUAUAUCUUUAUGUAAAGGGUAUUUUAAGGGAAUCUGUCAAUGAUGUCUUGUUUAUUUUUUAACUAUAAUUAAAUCCCAAAUCUGUAUUUAAUUAAAAUCUAUAAAUUUUAUUUUCUUUGUCACAAAGCACUUCAUAUACCAUUGUGUUCUUGUCACCAAAGAAAUUAUAACCGAGUUUAGAGAAUACAGUUUUUACUUAAAGAAAAAUAUGUUGAUUAACUAACUGGAAUAUCACUAAAAAAAUUUUGUCUACUUCAUACGUAAAAAAAAGUCUUUUUCUCGAUUUUUAUUUGUAUUUCAGUAGGUGAUUCGAUUACAAGAAAGUUCUCCAUAGAAAGUUUUAGAAUAAAUUUUAUAUUUUAAGUGUACCUGAGGUUGUUUAUAAACUAAGUAUUUAUUUUUCUUCUCUUUACACCCAUUGAGUAUAUGGUUGAGUGAGUAAACGCAAAAUAUAGGUAAAAAAUAUUAUUUUUUAAAGAUAAAAGCAAUGGUUGUUUUAUACCAUGGUGCAAACUUGAACUUUUAUUUUGAAUACAACUUAAUUUACCUUUUUACUUAUUAAAAUGUCUAUUAUUAUAUUUUACAAAUGGUACCCUUUCUGCAUAAUAUCAUCCAGAGUUGAGACUUCCUGUUUUGUUAAGUACGGGCUUCUCCCUUAUUUGUGUUAACUUAGCUUUAUGUUAAUAAGCCAAGUGUUAUAGGUGCUUGUAAAAUUGUCUCUACACGGCUACACUUGCAUUGAUACUACCAGCCUUACAAAUAAACGCGAUAUAAAUUUAAACUUAGAAAUAAACUCAGUAUAAGUAAAGUUUAUUCCUAUGUACCGCGUUUAUUUCUAAGACUGAUAUUGUUUUCUCUAGUAGAUUUUGUCUAAAUAGAGACCGUACCAGUUUUAGUGUUACUAUCGCCCUGGGUGAGGAUUUUAUGCUCUUUUUUUUACUAUGGGAGGUAUGUAAUCAUGGUUAAGUGUUAUUGUGUAAUUUGCAGACCAGUAACGCCCUCUCAGCGCCCUGGGCGAUCGCCUAUACGCCCUGUACGAUGUGUUAAUACAAGUGUGACGGCAGUGGAAAUUUACGGUUAUAGCGCUAUGGCGCAUGUCGACUUUGUAUUCGUGCCUCAAACGUUAUUUAGUGUAAUUAGUGUAAAAGCGAGUUGUAAUCGACUUGUCAAAGUCGUGUAGAUUUUUAUACGAGCGUUUCAUAAUCUAUGUAUGUUGAUAGAUAUUUGUAUAGAAAAUUGUUGCGAUGUGAAUUUUAUAGUUGUGAUUGUGUACGCAUUUAGUUCUGCAAAUCGAAACAUGUUUUAGUUUUUGUGUUAUUUUUUAACGGUUUUUCAUGAUUUCGUUACAUUCUUGGUGCUUAUUUCAAACUAGAAAAAAUAAUUGUGAAAAAUAUUUUACCUCUAGCGUUACAAAUGAAUAAAUGUAAACUAGUACCAACGUUAUUAAUCAGCUUUAUUUAUAUUUACACAAAAUAUACAAUUUAUUAAAGCUUACAUUUUUUACGUUCUUUCUUUUCUCAUGUCACAUCUUGUACACUUUUUAAUAAUAGAGGUCUUGGUGGCCAAUAUGCAACCUCUUUGGCUGUAUUUAUAAUUCUUGUCAGCCAAAGAGGUUGUAUUUGCACUAAACAACAAUUUUAUCACUAGAGGGCGCUAGCAACGUGGAAUUUAAGAUACUGUAAGUUUUGUCGUACUGGUAACAUAUUUUUUUUAGUUAUAUGUCGUCUCUAAUUCAGUUUGCAGAACUAAUUGAAUUAAACGCUUCUAACGAAUGUAUUAAAAAAUGUGAAUUAUAUAAGAAAUUGAUCACAAUUAUGUGCCAAUGUAUGCGUAAUACCGUAGUUUAAAUGUUGGUGUUACGUUUUAGGGCAUAUACGUAAAACAAACAGGCACCAAACUUAUUACUUUGAAUUUUCAACUACCUUUUACAAACGGGCGUUUUUUAACGCAGCGUAAAAAUGCGUUGGCGGCAAAAGCGAUAAUCGCUAUUAUUUCCUUCAUCUAGUGAUAAGAGAACCCUUGCCGUAUGAACCGAAAAGCGUCCGUUCAAAAUAUUUUUUUAAAUCACGUCAUUAAAAUCAUUAUAAAGUUUAGUAAGAAUUGUUGAUUGGAAAAAAGUGAAUUUAGCACUGAAAACUUAUGUAUUUAUAAAUGUAAACCUUAAACAUUACAAGCAAUAAAUUAUUACACAAAGAAUACGUAAAAUAAGAUCAUUUUUGACCAGAAAUGUAAAACUAUUCGUAUGGAAUUUGU